GAGACUUCUGGUUCCCUAACAAAACCAAAAACAAAAGUCCCCUCUUCAGUUAAAAGAGCAGAUGUCCCAACACAUCUGAGUUCAUUGACACCGUCUUCUUCGUCAGAGCAGGAAUGUGGUCCUUUCUCGCUGAGGAACUGCUGCUCUUCAGUCUGAUCAGCCUCAUUUCUGGGCUGCAGGUUUCAUCACCUUUCUCACAAAUGCCUUUUGUCUCUGUCUGGAAUGCCCCAACGGCCAGCUGCCUCUCUCAGUAUGGCGUGGAUAUUGACCUUGGAAUGUUCAGCAUUGUCGAGAACCAGAACGAAACUUUCAUGGGUGAAAACAUCACCAUUUUUUAUUCUGAGAAACUUGGUCGUUAUCCGAGGUAUUCCAUCCAGGGGGAGGCCAUUAACGGCGGAGUUCCACAGAACAGCAGCCUUCAUGAACACCUCGAAACUGCUUGUGAAGACAUCAACCACUAUAUCCCUAACAGUAAUUUCCAGGGCCUGGCUGUGGUUGAUUGGGAGAGUUGGAGACCCGUAUGGGAGAGGAACUGGGACAGUAAGCAAGUGUACUGGGAGGGUUCAAGAGCACUGGUGAAGUCCAAGCAUCGAGACUGGCGCCCUGCCCAGGUAGAAGCUGAAGCACGGGUGAAGUUUGAGGAAGCUGCGAAGGAAUUCAUGGAGGAAACUGUGAAACUGGGGCAAAAGAUGAGGCCAAAUGGUUUGUGGGGUUAUUACGGUUUUCCCAGCUGCUACAACUUCUACAAUAACAAAAGCAUAAACUACACAGGCGAGUGUCAAGCUAUCGAGCUGAUAUGGAACAAUGAACUCUUCUGGCUGUGGAACGCCUCCUCUGCUCUGUAUCCUGACAUCUACCUCAGCCUGGAGCUGCGAGACCUCGGCAGAGAAGUGCUCCUCUAUACUCACCACCGCAUCCUGGAGGCUGUGAGGGCUGCGUCUCAGGUGACUCCAUCAGAACUUCCCGUGUUUCCCUACGCUCGCAUUGUCUACACCUACACGCUGGAUUUCCUCUCAAAGGAACACCUGGUCUACACUGUUGGAGAAAGUGCUGCCUUGGGAUCUGCAGGCGUUGUGCUUUGGGGUGACAACACCUAUGCCAAAUCUCGGGCUAAUUGUGAGGCUGUCAAAUCCUACAUCGAUGACACUCUGGGUCCCUACCUGGUCAAUGUGACAUCAGCUGCUGUACUCUGCAGUCAGACCUUGUGUUCCUCUCAGGGACGGUGCCAGAGGAAGAACCUCCAAUCCAGUUCCUACCUCCACCUUGACCCUGCUGCAUGGAAGGUGGUGACUGAGGAGAAAUCAGGAGGAGGGAGGAAUUACAAGGUCGUAGGACAGAUGGGAGCACACCACGUGCAGUUAAUCAAGUCAGAGUUUCAGUGCAGGUGCUACCCAGGGUGGACUGGUGAGAACUGCUCCAAGCCAACUCAGAAAUGAGAUUUUUUCCUUUUUUUCAGUGGUGGUGGUCACUGGCUUUCCAGUAAGAUGAGAAGAUGUCUGGGUGUGGUCUGCUGUGGAUGGAAAUUUCCAAAUAUUUUGCAAAUGUGAUUUUUUAUGCAUAUAAUUUCUUGAUUUAAGCAAUGAUGUUGCAAUUUAAAAGAAAUCAUGAGUUUCCCAUGUUUGUCAUUUAGUUUCUAACUGUCAGUAAACAAAGACUGAAGAAAAUCAUGACAAUGAAUGUAGCGUUGAAAGAUGGAAAAUGUGUCAAAUCAUGCUGUGUUCAAAGGCAAAUGGGAAUUCAGAUGUUUCUGAUUUCUGACUUGGAAAGAUCACGGAAGCACAUUUGUUCUUUAUAAAAAAAAGAAAGAAAAAGCAGCAAAGCAGACAUGAGCCAUGUUUUCCUCAUUUUGUAUGUAGAACAUGCAGAGCUGCAAAUCAUGUAUUUUGGAGAUGCAUCAAAUUCAGAAUUAGC